AUGGACGUGGUGUUGGAGGUCCUCCGUACGUCCAACAAUAAUGACGAGCGCAAAAAAGCCGAUGCACAGCUGCGCCAGAUGCAGGAAAGUGAUCCGCAAGCUUUCCUCAUGCUUACGUGGGAUGGCAUAUCCUCCACUGCGGUAGAUACGACUACACGUUUCUUUCUCGCAUCGACGGUGGUUCAAUUUGUUGAGCAGUCAUGGCAACAUAGUGUCCCUAAAGAUCUACAAGUAGUCAUGAUAAACCGCUACCUGCAUUUGCUUCUUUGUAGUGAGCCCCUACCAUCGGUGACACUCGCGCGGAAGGUCGCACUGCUCUUGGGACUCAUGCUUAAGCGGUGCAAUGCACGCGGUGAGCCUGGGGCGUUGCCUCCACCAUUAGAGCAUGCGGGUAAAAUGAUUGGGGAAUCGGUGGUGCAUGCAGUGAACAACCUAAGCCCCACUUUAAUAGGUUUGGCAACGCAAUAUCUUCUUGUACUCCACGUUGUGUUGAAGGAAAUGGAAGGUAAACGAGUUGGUGGUGUUUUUCCGAGGUUGUGUGCUUCACUCGUACCAGUCAUGUCCAGCGUCUUCGUGUCAAGUGCGACGUGGGAUUAUGUGACGUGCUAUAUGCCACUAUUGUACAUGAUGAAGUGUGUAUUGCGUGUGUUUGGCUCUGGUGUGUUUGAUGCUGGGUUCUAUCCACACCUCUUGGACAUUACCUGGCGAUUGGCGCACUCCGUUUCCGUCACCGGACAACCCACGGAACGUGUGGAACGAGGACAGCGACUGAUGGAGUACGCAAUAAAAGUACAGUUGAAGAUGUUGAGUGUCUUCCCGAGCAAGAUGGAUGGUCUUCCUCCUGCAUUUUUUAUUUCCCAAGGGAACGGUGACAUGGAAGAUAGGUCACUACUUGCACUGUUGGUCGCCAUCAUCGAAAGUCCGAUUGGAACGGUGGUGACGGAGAAGCUUGUUUGCCGUGCUCUACUGACCUUUAAGGCUCUCUUAACGGUGGAGGAUUCACAGCCGUUCGUAGCGAAUUGCGUAAUUGCACUGGCCAACGCACCACAGCUCCUGAGUCGCGUAAUCGAUCGUAUUACCUAUUUUCUUGCAGAUGCAACAGGUGAUGCAGUUCUUCGCGCGUGGGACUUGAGUCCGGAGCAUCACGCUGCUGAGUUAGAAAGGUUGAUAGAUGAUACAGAACACGUAUCGUCAUGUGCGGAGGAGCUGUUGCUAGCUCUCACAGGUUCCACACACUGCUCCGAAAGCAGUUUACGCUUAACAUGGGAGGUUGCAAAUACCUUGCUCGACAGAGGUGGUGUGGAAGAAGUGACGGCAGCGCUCCAUGUUAUUGGUAUUUGUUGUUACACCAUGGCUGACGGGCCGUACUCUGCCAGCUUCAUGAACUUUCUGGCGGCGAAACUCCUCCCUAUAAUAACCGCUGCUGCAACUAGCACAGUUGGUGACCAAAUUUAUCCCUCCCCAUUCGUGCUUCGGCGAGUGGUGUGGGUUGUUGGGAUGUGGUGUGAAUCCGUAAAGGGCUCUGUGGCUCGGAGUGAGGUGCACAGAGCCCUUACUUCACUACUCAGAGCCCCCACCCAUGUGGUUUUGCAACUUUGUGCACUGCAGGCAAUCGGGCAUUUUAUUUUGGAUUUGAAUUUCAGCAUUGAGGAUGUCCCAGCUGAAUGCGUACAAGGCACACUGUGUGCCAUUCAAAACCUUCUGCCGCAGUUAAGUGCCCCUGCCACAAUCGAACAACUAGCAGGUCUUGUUCAGGGUUUGAUAGCUCGAAAACUUCUUCAUGUUGGUAGUGGGGAACUAUUGUUGGACAUGAUGCUCCCUGCCGUGUACAGGGCGAUAAGUGGCGCGCAACGCACCCCUGACGGGGAAGCCGAUCACAGCGGCGGGAACGACGACGGGGAUGAGGAAAGCGAUGACGAUGUGUCUUUGCAGGGUCGUUGUAUAGGUUUACUUUUGGAAUGUGUUCAUAGUUGCGUAACUAUUGCCGCACCGGAACUUGAAGAACGUGUGUGGUCACUAUUCAGAGCAAUUGUUCUUCCCUGCACUGAACCUGGGAGCCGCUUGGCUCUAUGGGCCGAUGAACAGGCAUGGGAACUGCUGCUGUCCAUGUGCUGCGCUGCACGGUCGUGGUUACCGGAAACGAACGAUGCUCUGCUUUUCUGUUUGGAUAAUAUGACUCGUGAGAUAUCCUCACGGCACAUUGUGGUCCGUUGCGUAUAUUCGAUUCUGUUGUUAUGUCCAGAACCAGCGAAGCACAUCAGUGUCGCGUUGGUGGAUCACGCUAUGGCAGAGCUCACACAAACUUGCAGCAGUGAUGUUGCUAGCGCGUACUUUGCUCUCCUGGCGGUGAUGCUGCGGCGUGGGGAGGUGACGUUGCGUUGCCACUUGCUGAGUUUAGCCCUCCACAAGUUUCUCAGCAUCAAGUCUGUGCACUCCGAGUCCUUCAGUGAACAACUAGCACUCCUUCUCGCAUGGGGUUUCUUGACUUAUGGUGAUUGUGAAAAUUGGGAAGUUAUACUUCUCGACACGGUGGCAAAGGUCCUUUUACACCACCCGAAUGCAAAUUCUUUCGUGGAAUGGAUUGUAUUACUUUUUGACGUCUCCCCGGGCCCAUUCGUGACAGAACAACUUGUGCGUCUGUUGCAACACUCACUCAGUGCACAACACACGGUACUCCUCCAGCUCAUCGGGGAAGAUGAUAGGGCUAUGGCACGGAAAGUAGUUGAAGGGACUCUACUGCCUCCAUCAUCCAUGCAGGAGCGAGGUGCGGAUACGGAUGAGGCUGGAGAGUUGGUGCGUGAUCCGACCGAAAUGUUGAUGGAAUUAUUCGGUGACACAGCAUUGAUCGGUGCUUCGCCGCACGUCAUUCGCUUGUGCAGAUUGUUUGACGUAUGCACGAUUUCUUAG